GAUACAUACAAGGUAAGUUUCUUCAGGGAAUUCUAUUUUUAACUAUGUUUUUAUAUAUUCAAUACUUGGUGUAGCCAUGCCGUUCUAAUGUUCCCUGUUACUAUGUGUUUAUUAAGUCCUGUCUUCACCUGCUCAGAAUUUGCACACAUGGUUACCCGUUUGCACUGGACAGAGCAGGUUAUUCCCGUGCUUAGCUCUGAAACCCUGCCCGUUGUGCACACUGAACAGCAGUAAUUCAGCUAAACCCAAAGCGGGCUCUGAAGCAGGGCCCUUCCUCUGGAGCACGGAGGAUUCCCGGGUCCUGGGGAAGGCCCGGCAGCACAAGCACCGCCUGUCCCCGCCCUGGGCACCCCGGCUGCGGUGCCAGGCCCGGGGCUGGAAACGCUCCUCUGCUGCUCGCUGUGUGCGCGGGGCUGCUCCCAACGGGGACCCAAACCGCGCAGCUCACUCGUGUGUGUGUGAGCCCAGCUCCUGCCAGGGCACAAGGAUCAUUAAGCACUAGAAUUGUAGAAUGUUGAGGGGUCGGAUGGACCUUAAAGGCCGGCUUGUCCCACCGCCCCGCCGGGGCAGGGCCAGCUCCCACACGGCCAGGCUGCUCAAGGCCUUAUCCCACCUGGCCUUGAGCACUGCCAGCCUCCCUGGUUCCGGUGUCUCACCACCCGCACAGUAAAUAAUUUCUAUUAUCUAACCUCAGUUUCCCCCCUUUCAAUUUGUACCCGUUCCUCCUUGUCCUGUCCCUACAGGUGCCAGCGCCUGAGGCACCUCCGAGGCGGGGCACUCCCACACCCCCUCCCCUCACGCCGUUCCCUCCCUCCGGACAGAGCCCGGGGACGCGGGCUCCUCUCGGCCCCGGGCUCCUCUCGGCCCCGGGCUCCUCUCGGCCUCGGGCUCCCCUCGGGCUCCUGCCCGCCCCGGGCUGUGUCGGGCCGGCUCUCGGCCAUGGCCCCGGGGAAGGCCCCGUGCCGGCGGCGCAGCAGCGACUCGGGCGUGGAGCCGGACCGCGGGCCGCUGCCCCGGGACAGGGCCCAGCGCACCGCGCUCUCGCAGAAGAAGAGGGACCAGCGCAUCGCGCUCUUCCUCAGCGACUUCGACCAGCAGGCCAAGGAGCACAUCCAGGAGAUGAAGAAAGAGCUCGAUUCGCUUUUGCAGACAGCGGAGAAGGCGUUCGCGGUGGAGCUGCUGACGAUGCCGGCGGCCGUCAGGAAGAUGAAAAGGAAAGAGGUGCUCGAUUUGCAAGGACGGGAGGAAGUGGCUCUUGCUGCAGCAGUGACUAGCUGCUCUCUAGAAGACGUGCCAAAUCCCAAAAUGAUGAGGAGCAACAGCAAAAAAGUUAAGGUAACCACAAUUGUUGAAUAUGAAGAUGCCAAGCACAGUUCUGCAAACAAAAUAACUAAAAAAAUUUCCAAAACCAGGUCGCUGGUUUCCUUGGCGUCUGGUUUAAGUGGCAAAAUGAACUCUCUUUCUGGUGCCACAAAUGUCAAAGCCACUCCAAAGGGAGCUAGAAGUGCUGGAUUACAACAGACUGCCUCAAGAACUUUACCUGCCAGUGGAAGAGUUCAAGGCAUGUUAAAAAGAAGUAAAUCAGUACCCCAACAUAAGAGUGUUCCAUUUGUCAACAUCCCCCUGGCUGAUGGACAGACACUGUGUACAGCUGGCAGAGACCUCCGUAACAUCGAUGUGCAGCUCCUGCAUCAGGAUACAGUACAGCACAUUCAUAACCUGGUGAGUGAGCUGACUGUACUAUGUGGAAAGGUAACACCUAAACCUUCGUGACUGCUCGUGCCUGCUGCCUCCAAACUCUUGAAAUUAUGUCUAUUAUGUCUUAAUAAAGCUGUAUACUGCCUAGUAAAUGUUUUUAUAAACUUUUAUAUCAUGUGAUGUAUCUUUUUAAAUUCCUGUUAUGAAGGAUAGCAAAGCAGAACAUGCUACUUUUUCUGAAGUUCACAGCAAAAUGAACAGUAAGAGGCUGUAUACAGGAAGUUUCUCUCAUACUGAACUCACAAACUGAAGCAGAAGGUCCUAAAUUUUUGAACAGCCUUUAACUUUAGUUAUGUGGUAGCAUUUAUGAAUUUUUCCAGUCUUGUGUAUAACAUGAUAGUAAUGUGCAAGAUGACAGGUAAAAUUAGAAUUCGUUAUCAGGUGCUGCUGGCAGGAGCCCCAAUUAAUGCCAGCAGAGGACUGAAGAACAGAACUGCCCUACAGUGAUCAGCUCCUCCUCCACCCCUUUACAUCAGCUACAUAAAAAGUUACCACGGAUCCCUUCCUCUCCUCCCCUUCCAAAAAACCAAUCUGCAUGGGGAUUAAAGGUUUAGAGUAUUACUCUAUUUUGCAAGGACUUAGAAGCAGAAGACAGGUGUUGUAAUUGUUUCAGCAUUGCAGGUUACAAGGACUGACUCCUUGGUGAGAUCAGUCAGGAGAAAGGAUCACCAUGUAACCAUGGCUUCACAAAAAGCAACCCCAAGUUUCAAUAAAUGAAAAUAAAAGACCCACUAGAGAAUGCCACAUCAUAAGUCAGUACUGAAAUACAGAUCAAACAGUAUUUAUUUUUGCUUCAUUUUUAGAGUCUAUAACAAGGAUGUUCAGCAACACUCAAAUGCCAAUGCCUACCCAAGCACAUUGAAACCCUUGGAGUUUGUCCCUCCAACCUCAUCAAUAAAAUGUCAGCAACUAUCAGAGAAAUAACUAAACAAGUCACACUUCAGAUUUGUAAAGAAAAGUAGAGCUUCAACUUUCUCACUUCAACAGGAGAGAAACCUUGCUAUAGAGGCAGCUUACCAACCCAACACUUCAUGCACAACAGUUCCUUAGUUAAGGUCACAUUUUUGCUUUGUUCUGGCAUUUUUGCCAAUUAAUAAUAGAAUUGCAGCUGGAGAUCUUAAUAUCUUCAUACUUAAACCAAAGUGCAAACUACUAGAAAAGUAACAAAACCAUCUACCAUUUAUUAUGUUUCCAGGUUAAACAAUUUUUAUUUUAACUGGAAACAUUUCUCUAGGAAGUGAGGCUGAAUCAGGCUUUGAAGAGGAUUCAAAGGCUAAGAGAAAGACACAAUUAUUCCAGAAUUUAAUCAUUCCCCAUUUAAGGGGUUUGUUAUCUUUAGACUGAAUUCAGAUAUCCUUGUGUUUUCUUCACACAAAGGGGACAUGGCUGCAGCCUUCCCUGUGCCCAUUUAGUCACCUCUUUCAGGAAGACUUGAAGGUGGCCCACAAUUGUUAUCUAACCUUCACCUAGUCUUAAAGCAGCUUCAGCCUCCCUGUGCUUAUAAAAUAUCUAUCAUCUACAUAGUCUCUUCAUACACAGACUAGUUAAAGCCACUGGAAAAGUAAGAGUUACAAGGCAAAAGAAAUAUAUUAUACACCAACUGCUUUUAUUUAAUUUCAGAAACCGUUCACAAGAUGGUAGAAAAAAACUUACAACCACUUCUAGUUUAGUCUUUCAUUGUUCCCAGUCAGCUCUAAACCCAUUAUGUGCAAAGCCCAUUUACCAUGCAUCUAGAUGAUAGAUACAGGCUAUGAAAUUCUUGAUUCUACUUGUAGCAGCUUAUGCAGGUGCAGCCAAAUACCAAGCCUCAGGACAAAUUGUACACAAACUUUACAAUGUAGAAUUUGAAUUUAAAAUAUGAAACUUAAAAUCUACACAAAACUGGUAAAAAUCAAGCACAGAUACGAGGACAAACUUAAAACCCA